AUGCAAAGAGGAUUUGUAGCUGGUGUUAAAUUUGCAUCUAAAUGCAGUUCAAAUUCAUUCAGAGUAGCAACUGCAGCUGCUCCAAAAAAUAGUGUACAUAAUAAUUUUAAAUCUGCUUCAUGUAAUAUAAAUUCACAACAAUCUUCAAAUAUACCAGCUUCAUUUUCAACUACAUCAUCAUCAUUAGCACCACCAAAUAGAAAUAGCAAUACAGUUAGAGGUACUUCAAUUUUAUCAAGUUUCAAGCAUAACAGUUUCCUCAUUAUAUCAGAUGGUAAUAUUUUUAACCUUUAUUUUUCAUUAAAUAAAAACCCAUAUUAA